CAAGAGGGGCCCGCGGCCCGAGGCCCCCCCCGGGAGGCCGGUCCCGCGGAGACCCCGCCCGGCCGCCGCAGGGCGCGGCCGCCAGCCAUGCCCGGCGGCCUGCCCUCGCCCACCGCGGGCCGCGGAGCGGCGCCGGUCUCGCCGGGCAGGCCUGGACAGGUCGAGAGGCGGCGGUCCAGCGGCGUCGGCGCCUGGGAGCCCCUGCCGUCCGUGGCGGGCGCCGAGCCGAGAACCCCCGCCAGGAAAGACCCGGCUGCGACGUCAUCGUCAACAAAGCGGCCAUCCGACAAGGGCUCCAGCGCUGCCGUCGCGUCGUCCACGAAGCUGCCGGCGGCGGGCGGCAAGAAGGCGCCCCCGAAGGUGGGCGCCGACGGCUCGCUGCCAGAGCGGCUGACGGCGGCGUUCGCAGUGCUGGACCUGAACGGGGAUGGGGUCAUCGACGAAUCGGAGAUGAUCGAUGUGCUCAGCGGCCUGGACUCUAAGCUGUUUACGGCCUCGACCGUCCGCAAGUUGUUCAGGGCGGCCGACGUCGACUCCGACGGGCUCGUGCACUACGCGGAGUUCGUCUCUUGGGUCUGCAAUGGCGCGACACAGGACUUGGGCAUCGCCAGCAAGCUGAUGAAGGCUGGCAAGAGCAAGGAGGAGGCCGCGAAGUCCCCCGCCGACGACGCCGCUGUCAAGCCCCCGCCGGCGCCGAAGCCCGAGGUGAUUACCCGGAAGAGGUCGUCGCUGAACCCCAGCAGAGACCUGACGGUGAUGAAGAGGUACACCAUGUUCAUGACAGAGGACGCUUUCAUGGGCGAGGGCACCUCGAGCAUCUGCCGGAAGGGCCUCGACACCGAAACGCAGAAGAUGGUGGCGAUCAAGACGUACAAGGCGAAGAGGAACAGCGACAAGGUGGCGCUGGUGAAGUUCAAGAGGCAGAUCGAGGUGCUGGAGGAGCUCAAGCGCCCCUUCGAGAAGCCAGCCGACCCCAAGCUGUGGAGCAAGGAGCUUGCCGCUGCGGGGCCCGAGCAGGUCUUCAUGCAGCUGCUCGACUACUCGAAGGAUGCGAAGGGGCAGCCUGGGCCUGACCCCACCGACGGCCAGCUGUACGUCGUCACCGAAAUCGCGCAGUACAGCCUGAAGGACUACAUCAAGACGCGAAAAGAGGAGGACAGGCCCAUGUCCAAGGAGACGGUGAAAACCCUCGUGAGGUCCAUCAUCUUGGUGACGGCUGGCCUGCAUGCAAAGGGCCUGGUGCACAUGGACCUGAAGCCAGAGAACCUUAUGAUUUUCGAUGGCGUCCUCAAGCUGAUCGACGUGGAUGGCUGCAUAAAAAUCGGCACCACCAUCUCGAUCGAUGACGAGUCCCUUUCCUUUUCCCCAGUGUAUUGCGCGCCUGAGUGGGCGAACUUCCUGAUCGAGGAGGACGAGGAGGAGCAGGGCCUCACCGCGUCGCCCGCCCUGGACGUGUGGAGCAUCGGCAUGACGCUGAUGGAGCUCGUCACCCUCGACCCGGUGUUGAAACCACAAUACGCAAGCUUCUUCCGGCACGGGCGCGAGCGCGAGGAGGCGAGCUUCUUGUUUUUCGAUUGGCUCAGCAGCUUGCAGAAGGCGCCGCUGCCACGGCAGGUCAAGGAGCACGACGCCGAGCUCACGCGGUUGUUGGACGAGAGCCUGUUGGUCUGCGAUCCCAAGAGGAGACGAACCCUGGCGGAAUGCCUCGACCACCCCUUCGUGGCGACCAGCAAGUUGCUGAGGAGCAAGUCGGGGCCACUCUCGCAGUCGGGCGAUGGCCUGCCCUCGGAGUCCCUGCGGCACCGGCGCAACCGCGUGGAGGACAACUCCGAGAGGUACAUCCUGAAGGGAGUCCUCUGGAAGCUCAACAACAAGGGCGACCCGAUGGACGCCUCUCACUGGCUGCAGCGCGACAUAUGGAUCGGGAACAACGGCGCGCUGUGCUACUUCAGCCACAAGGACAACAAGCGCUUGAAGUUGAUGGACGAGGGGCUGCUCCACGAGGCUACUGUGACCAGGUUCGAGGGCAGCGCUAGGGAGCACGCCUUCCAGGUCUACACGCCCGACCAGAGCCUGAUCUUCGCGUCCGAGUCUGAGGACGACUGCAGCAAAUGGAUGGAGGCUUGCACUCGCGCCAGGCACGACGUGAUCAAGACGAUGCGUUUCGGCGGCACAAUGGCCAAGGAUCUGAGGCGGUUCCGGCUCAAGGUGCGCAACCGCAGGAAGGCCUUGGACGAGAAGAUGAUGUCUACCGAGGGCUACAAGCCCAGGUUCAAGGGCUUCCUCUGGAAGCUCAAGGCUGACGGCGACGUGGACGUCACCGAGGACUGGAUCAGUCGGGAGUUUUGGCUGUCGAAGAACGGCAGCCUCGUGUACUGGAGCGCCAGGGAGGAGCGGGAGCUGGUC